GUGGAAAGGCUGUACAUCCCAAGAAAAGAUGGAGGUAGGGGCCUGAUUGAUGUAGAAACAGCAUUCAAAACUGCAACAAUAGGGCUUGAUCACUAUCUCAAGCACAAGGAAGGGCAAUAUCCAAAGCAGGUGCUUGAACAUGAAAGAUCUAAAGCCAAAAAUUCAAUAUCCAAGAAUGCUACUAAAUUCAAAAGGGAAGUAACAAUGCCAGAGAAUGAGAACAGAGAAGAUAAAUCUGCCUCUGAAAAUGCUAAAGCCCUGAAACACGUGUUUAAGUCCAGGAUGAAGUCAAUGAAAGAAGAAAAGUGGAAAAACAAAGCGUUGCAUGGCCAGUAUCCAAAGAUCCUAGAGAAGCCUCAUGUAGACUCAGUCACCACCAACAAAUGGUUGUCAAGUAAUUUGAAGGAGAAACAGAGAGAUUACUUGUAGCAGCUCAAGACCAGGCAAUAAACACCAGAAACUACCAGAAAGUAAUAUGUGGCCAGCAAGUGGAGAGCAAAUGCAGAUUGUGUUCGCAACAUGAAGAGACAGUGGACCAUAUUGUAUCUGGAUGUGAGGUAUUAGCCAAAACAGAGUACAUCUCCAGGCACAAUAAUGCUGCA